AUGGAGUUGCCGAAUAUGGAGCAUGGAAUGCGACCGCUAUCUCCCCGAUGCUGCGUGGUGGUGGCUGGUAGCAUCUCCUCGACUAGCCACCACUGGGAUCUCCAUUUUUACACGUCUAGGCUCAGCGUGACCAGCUCUGUAUUAAAGAAAUGCUUCACCAAGUCAAAGUGUCAAAAUAUCCAGAUCCAAGCUGAGCUCCAUUACGGAGACAUUCUAGAAUGCGACCAGCAGGACGUGCCUGUUGCCAUAGUAAUAGGUACAUGGCGGCUCUGCCUGAAUGAUCCAUCUGCGCUUAGGCGCCUGCCGGCAGCUGCUGGCAACUCUCAGCUGUCCUUUGCAGUGCUUGUGGAUGGCGAUGCAAGGAGCAGUAUAGGUGUCCCGGUAGAGAGUAGUACUUUCUUUUCCAAACCGCCACAUGAUCCAGCGUAUCAUCUCGUCUCCACAGCUGUAUCUCACUGGUACCUACAAGCAGACACCUUCAGUAUGAGCCGUCAGGUAGGGGAGACAAAGGAAUGGCGUUGA